CAGAGGCGGCGCGCGGCGGCUCCCAAACAUCCUCUACAUGUCCCCACGAGGAGACGAGUCGCUGCGUCUCUGAGCCGUUUUCCCUGCAGGUGGACAUGUUCGACCCGCGCGUAAAGACGCACUGAAGACUGACCAAAAAAGCUUUGACGCUUUUUUCUCAACUUUUUUCUUCUUCAUUAAGAGCAUCAACAGCUUACAGAUGUUGGCAAGGAAAAGCAUCAUCCCGGAGGAGUUCGGUGUUCCGGGGCUAGCCUCCCGGAUGCCCCGUAAGCCGGUGUUCAGGGACCGCGUUAACAAAGCGCGCUUCAUCGCCAAAAACGGCUCGUGCAACCUGGCGCACAAGAACAUCCGCGAGCAGGGCCGAUUCCUGCAGGACGUGUUCACCACGCUGGUGGACCUGAAGUGGCGCUUCACGCUGGUCAUCUUCACCACGACGUUCGUCAGCAGCUGGCUGCUGUUCGCCAUGAGCUGGUGGCUGGUGGCGUUCGCGCACGGAGACCUGGGCCAGGAACGGGACCGGGAGCUGGACCUGGACCUGGACCCGGGGCGGCACAACAGGACCCAGUGCGUCACCGGAGUCAAGUCGUUCACGUCCGCCUUCCUGUUCUCCAUCGAGGUUCAGGUGACCAUCGGCUUCGGGGGACGGAUGAUAACGGAACACUGUCCGACCGCCAUCACCGUCCUCAUCAUGCAGAACAUCAUCGGGCUCAUCAUCAACGCCGUCAUGCUGGGUUGCAUCUUCAUGAAAACGGCUCAGUCAAACCGCCGGGCGGAGACGCUGAUCUUCAGCCGUGUGUGUGUUGCCAGCCCGCUGUACGACCUGUCGGCCAUGGAGCUGCAGUGCAGCGACCUGGAGGUGAUCGUCAUCCUGGAGGGCGUCGUGGAGACCACGGGGAUCACCACGCAGGCCCGGACCUCCUACGUCUCCGACGAGAUCCAGUGGGGUCACCGCUUCGUUCCCAUAGUGACCGAGGAGGAGGGCGUGUACUCUGUGGACUACUCCAAGUUUGGUAACACCAUCAAGGUGACGACCCCCCGCUGCAGCGCCAGGGAACUGGACGAGAAGCCGUCCAUCCUGAUCCAGACUCUGCAGAAGAGCGAGCUGUCGCACCAGAACUCGCUGAGGAAGAGGAACUCCAUGCGACGCAACAACUCCAUGCGUAAGAGCGCAGGAGGCAGCGGGGGUCUGCGCAGGAACAACUCGGGGCUCCUGACCCCCAAGGUCCAGUUCUUCACCCCGACCGAGGGAGGCCAGAACCUGAACGCCGUUACCUGACAUGAGGCCAGCCUAGUGCUGGUUGCCCUGCUCCUCCUGGUGGCCAGGAGGAUUCUGGGUGUUGGUGUUUCUCCUUGUCUAAUGGGACUCCUUCUCUUCCUGUUCCCUGUCUUAUCUAGACUCCCAACACUUUUAAUAUUACCUCAUGUUCACACGCAUGGAGUAAUCUAGUUCUUAUUUUUAGAAUCAACUGUCACCAUUUUUCUCUCUCUUCAUAAUUAAAAAGCACUCAUUAACAUCAGGACUUUGUGCCUGUUUUACCAUUUCUAGGGAGACGUAUUUUCUUAUUGAAUAAAGUCACAGUCUAACCACUCGUAGCGGUGACUAAUGGCAAU